CCCUCUGCCCCGGGUUUCCAGGGAAACCCACCCCCAGAUCCAAAUCCAGCGAAGCGACAGAGAUCAAGGAUGGAGCUGGAGGUGGGUGCGCCUUCGCCGGCGAGGUACCUGGUGGGGGCAGCGAUCAUGAUGGCCGGCGUGGUGCUCCCGCUGGCGUACAUGAUCUUCCGCAGCAAGCGUUCGCCUUCCUCCGCCUCCGCCGCGGGGCCCUCCUCCUUCUCCAAGCAGACGUAGGAACAAAGGGCUCAUCUGAUCUGAGCGAGUGGGUGAAUCGAUCGCCUUCCCCUGAUGCUUGUCAUUCUGUCUGUUUUGGCACCGCGAGAUCCUCCAACUGCUUCUCGAGACUGGGCAUCAUCACGUCAAAUACUAGCUGAUUAGUAGUCAGUUCCUUUUGUACCUUGUGUAGAUCAGAUCGAUUGCUUAUUUGGCUGAUUUGAUACAAUUAUAAACAAUGGGUUUACUUUUGAGUGCACUACUUACAAGCAUCAUUCAUACGGAUUUCAGUUUACCUAAACAAACCACUUGCCCUCUUCUGCUGCUUGGCUGGUUUAUUACGAUAACUGUGCAGAAUUUCUCUCUAUGCUAGUUCUCCCUCAAUUCCAAAAUGUAAGUUGUUUUAGUUUUGUCUGAGUUAAGCUUCUCUAAGACUAAGUUUAUAGAACAUCAAAUUGGUUUCGCUGAGACCACCAGGAAAUAUGUCUUGCCACUUGACAGUGCAUUUAUUUGGUAUUGUAGACGUUAAUAUAUUUUCUAUAGACUUCAUCAGAAUUAGAGAAUUUUGACUUAGGACAUGAAAACGGCCUAUGUUUUGGAAACAUAGGGAAUACUAUGUUUGUGGUUUAAUAAGGAGCACACUUGUUGUGCCAUUCAUCCUUUUGCAUCAUCAGCUGUUGAUGGUCUAGUUGUUGCAUUGUCAGAUCUAACAGCAUUGGGAUUGAAUUCGGCACUGAUCCUGCCCUUCUGUGUAGUUGUGAUUCCUAUGCGAUAUUUUCUUCAGUGCUUCCCUCUUCAAAGUUUGGUUUGCUCUCUUCAGUCCCCUUCUUUAUUCUAUUCUAACGGAGGCCUUUCAUGUCAUUCGCUUCCAGGAGCUGACACAUACAUUGUUGCUAAGUGCAUUAGUUUGUUAUCUGAUAAUCCACACCUCCAGAUGUGCCCUGUAUGUUUGUGUUCUUAUAAGUUGGCUCCUAUUGAAUUGUCUGUGUUCCUGCACAUGAAGGUAGUAAACAAAUCAGUGUGCUGCCCCAGAAAAGUCAGGUUGGUUGAUAUUAUUGUUUUUCGGUUAUUGGCUAACCUAUAUGAUAACCAUGAUGCAUUGCAUUUGCACUUUAGAUGGAUCGAUUGUUUUUGUGGCUACAUGAAGGGCUUGCGGCUUGCCUUGUGGCUUGUGAUCAAGAUGGUAAUUCUCAUGGAGGCUACUGGGUAUUCAGGGCCUACCCUUCCUCAGUAUUGAAUCAAACCCCGAUAUUUAAGACUGUCCCUUCUGAAGUUGACGUGACAUGCUCGAGCGCUGGAGCGCGUCGACAUCACCGGUUUCUACCCUGAGUGUGUCCUAUUAAAGUGAGAAGUACCUGCUGGACCUAGCAUGAUGUAUGUGUCCUUGAGUCUUGAGACCGCAACAUAUCAACAUCACUCGAAGAGGCUGGGCACCUACUGAUCAGUGAUCACAUAACACAGAUGGAGAGAAAUAUAUGUGUUCCUGUUUUUUAUUUUGUAUUCUAGUAAAAAAAAUACUAGCUUCUACAGUUUCCAUCAUCAAACGCUUAUCCCACUUUUCUGCCUCCUGGAUACUUUGUGUCACGUACGUUCUCUAUUGCCACUUGGUGAUGCUGCUUGUGU